AUGGCCUGUGUGACCAGAUCACCUACCCUGAAAACAAUUCAGCGCGUUGAAGGUCCAGGAGAACGGCAGAGAGAGGAGUUUUUGCAGCUCCUCAGGGAACAAAACCGGCCCACGCAUCUGAGCGAGAAGGACGUCGCGGAGAAAACCAGCGCUGCACCCAUUUUUCCAAGAGGAAUGACGAAGCCUGGAUGCGACCCCUGGAGAGAAAAGGAAGGGCUGGCCGCGCAGGAGAGGCUGUUGGGAAGCUGCCGCCGGCGCCUGCCCUGCCUGCUGGUGAAGCUGCGGAUGGCCCAGAGCCUGCGCCACGCCGUCACCUUCGUGGAGCAGGGGCACGUCCGUGUGGGGCCCGAGGUGGUGACCGACCCCGCUCUCCUCAUCCCCCGGGCCGUGGAGGACUUCAUCACCUGGGUGGACGCCUCUCGCAUCAGGCAGAAGGUGCUGGACUACAACGAGGAGCGCGACGACUUCGACCUGGCCGCUUAG